AUGCUCUCUCGCUUUCCUACAAUUUCUCCAUCACAUCUAAGACCAGGCCUGGACAACUGAGGUUUCAGAUUCAAGGUCAGGUCAAUGGAAACGAGUUUUCUUCUUACUGGCAUGGGAGCGAGCAAGUCAAACCCAUUGGUCCUUGGGGGAUGAAGCUGAAAGACACAGCAUUCUGGGGGACACAGAGGGAACCUCUGGAAGACCUGGGGGAAGAGCUCAGAAAAAAGCUGCUGGACAUUAAAGCAGAGAUUUUCACUGAGAGCGGUGAGUCUGAAGAUUUUCUCACCAUGCAGGGCAGCCUGAUGUGUGAGCGGGGGGCCAACGGACACACCAGAGGAUCUUGGUGGUUUGCCUUCAAUGGGCAGUCAACCCACCUCUUUGACUCAGAAAACAGAAAGUGGACAGUGGUUCCACCUGGAGGCCAACGGUUCGUUGGCACGUUGGACGAUGAAGAGCUGACCAAGCUCCUCAUGGGGACAGCAAACGGAGACUGUAAGAGCUGGCUCCAGCAAGUAUGGGAGCACUGGGAUGAAAUGCAGGAGACCAAGGUGCCACCAGCCACGCAACAAGGUACAGCUCCAGGCAAGGCCACGCCCAUCGGACCCUGUACAUGGAUCUUCCCCCUGCUCCUCAGCUGUGCAGUCAUAAUGGACAUCCUUGUCAGAGACCAUUAG